AUGAUGCUGUCUCGUCGCGCGUGCUACAAGUGUGGCAACAUUGGCCACUACGCUGAGGUCUGCUCCUCCUCUGAGCGUCUCUGCUAUAACUGUAAGCAGCCCGGACAUGAAUCCAGCGCUUGCCCUCGUCCUCGCACCACCGAGACCAAGCAAUGCUAUAACUGCCAGGGUCUCGGCCACGUCCAAGCCGACUGCCCAACCCUCCGCCUGAACGGCGGUGCCAACGGCCGCUGCUACAACUGCAGCCAACCCGGCCACCUCGCCCGCAACUGCCCCAACCCCGCCGCCGCCCCCGGCGCUGCAGCUGGACCCGGAGCUGGUCCUGGAGCUGGCGGUCCUGGAGGCCCCCGUCCUCCUCGCGGUAACUUCCAGCCCGGAUUCCGCGGUAACUUCGGCGGAUACCCUCGCGCCGCUACAUGCUACAAGUGCGGUGGACCCAACCACUUCGCCCGUGAUUGCCAAGCUCAGGCCAUGAAGUGCUACGCCUGCGGCAAGCUGGGCCACAUCUCGCGUGACUGUACCGCUCCUAACGGUGGUCCUCUCAGCUCUGCUGGUAAGGUUUGCUACAAGUGUGCUCAGGCUGGUCACAUUUCUCGCGAUUGCCCGACUAACACUGAGGCCGGUGCUGCUGCUGCUGCUGUCGCCGCUGUCGAUGCUGCCGCCCCGGUUGUCCCGGCUGAUGCGCCUGUUGCUCCCGCUGCUGCUGUUGCUGCUGCUGUGCCUGCUGUCGAGGCUAAUGGUGAUGCGGCUCCUGUUGCGUCUGCGGCUCCUACUACCGCUGUCGCAUAG